AUGCUUACCACAGCCACACUUCUGUUGGUCCUCGCCAUACCUGGUUUCCUCUCGAACGUGGCUGCAGAAGAUUGUACUGUAUUUUCCACCAAUGGCUCCACUGCAGCGAUGUACGACUUCUAUCGGUUUUACGACUUUCGUAACUUGAGUGAGAGCCUCAUUGGCAAUGUGGAUACAGUAUCCGACAGUGGCGAAAAGCAAUCGAUAACAGUAGCAUCCCAUGGGCAAUCAAAUAUCAUUGCUGCUUCCCCCUGGAGCGCUGGCUGGGAUGUUCGACAUUGGUUGAGGCCGGCAGCAAGAGAAGACACUAUUGACAUGCACUACACACCAUCCAGUGUAUCAAUAAGCAAGAACAAUGAUGGAUCGAAAGAGUCUUCUACCUACCUUACUCUUCACACGACACGGCUGCACAACGGUACGCAAUUAGCAUCUGAGUUGGACUUUAUCGAGCACAAUGCCACAUAUGCAUCGAUCCGUAUGUCGGCGCGCAUACGUGGUGCAAGUGGUGCAAUUGCCGGCUUCUUUACGUACCACAACGACACCGCCGAGUCGGACAUAGAAAUUCCAACCGGAGGCACUAGCAAUGAAAUACAUUACUCGAAUCAACCGACCACAGAUCCUGAUACAGCAGCACCAAUACAAGACGCAACAUUCAACGUCUCUACGAAAGAUUCUCAACCUACUUCUAUCUGGAACAACUAUCGGUUAGACUGGAUACGCGGGAGAAGCGCAUGGUACGUCAAUGGUAAACAGACUGCUGAGACUCGUGUGAAUGUACCAGAUGCAGAAAGUACGAUCAUACUGAACCUUUGGAGCAAUGGCGGAAACUUCUCUGGACGAAUGGAUAUUGGGAAUGAAGCUUGGUUCGAUAUUCAGUGGGUUGAGCUAUUGUUUAAUACCACUACCACUACUGUGGAUAAAACCAGCAGAACCGUAUGCUCUGUGGAGUCUUCUCUAGGAUCUCCCGUCCCGAGCGUUUCUUAUUCUAUACAUGAGGGGGCUUCAGAACACCUUUGGUGGGCUGUGGGGCUGAUAUCGAUGGUGGCUUUGAUACAGUCUACGUGA